AUAGUAGCGGGAGCAUAUCUCAUUUGCAGAAGCAAAGUCUUCGGCUACAACUCUGCUCUUUCUCUUAGGAGAGGGUAGAUCUUCUGGAUGUUUGGGACCAAAGAAUGGACAUUUUGGCUUGGACCCAGAAGUUGAGCUCCAGUAUGUCUGGAGUACCAAAGUGGCUUGAGACUCUUUUUUGAGAUUCAGUAAUUUGAAUGUUCAUAUAUUGAUCUUGAGGCUUUUUCGACUGGACAAGGAAACGAUAGAGAAUAUGUAGCCCUUCACAGUAGUUGUAGCCAUUGACCAAAUUUGGCAUAGGCUAAUGGGAAUUGGAGGACAUCAACUUCUGGAAGGCUACAAGUUUCUCUCUCCUGCUUUACAUGGCUCAGCAUUUGUCAGUGUUAUGGAGUCCCUCAGAGGGAGUUCGGGAAGACCUCUAGCAGGUGCUGUCAACACUGAUGAGAGAUCUUGUAUGUCAAGAUUGUCAGUAUUUGUAUAGACCACAUCAUGCGUGAGUACAAGCUAGUGGUCCUUGGAUCAGGCGGCGUGGGGAAGUCUGCCUUGACUGUACAGUUUGUUCAGGGAAUUUUUGUCGAAAAAUAUGACCCCACAAUAGAAGACUCAUACAGAAAGCAAGUGGAAGUAGAUUGUCAACAAUGUAUGCUUGAAAUCCUCGAUACAGCAGGGACGGAGCAAUUUACAGCAAUGAGGGAUCUCUAUAUGAAGAAUGGUCAGGGGUUUGCACUAGUAUAUUCUAUUACAGCACAGUCCACGUUCAAUGACUUACAGGACCUGAGGGAACAGAUCUUACGGGUCAAGGACACUGAAGAUGUUCCUAUGAUUCUGGUUGGCAAUAAAUGUGAUCUGGAAGAUGAGCGUGUAGUUGGCAAAGAACAAGGACAGAACUUAGCAAGACAGUGGUGUAACUGUGCCUUUCUAGAGUCAUCUGCAAAGUCUAAAAUCAAUGUUAAUGAGAUCUUUUAUGAUCUCGUCAGACAGAUAAAUAGAAAAACACCAGUGGAAAAGAAGAAGCCUAAAAAGAAAUCAUGUCUGCUGCUCUAGACCCACUGAAUGCAGCAGCUCUGAGCCAGGACUACAGGAAUGAAGAACUGUUGCCUAAUUUGGAAAGUGCCAGCAUUCCAGAACUUCAAAUAACUACACCAUGAAUUAGCAACAUAUCUGAAGAGGCUUCUGUUUUUAUAUAUUAUGUGAAGAUUUUAGAUCUUAUAAUGGUUUGCACAAAGGUUCCUGGGGAAAAAAACAAAACAAAAAUGAAAUUCCUCUGUGUAUAUCUCUUGGAAAUUAAAGACAAUAGUACUUCUCCUUUGCAAUAGUUAACAGACAUGAUAAUAAAUAUAAUUGACUCUAGUUGUAUGAUUAUACAAAAGAGCAUGGAUGCAUUUCAGAUGUUAGAUAUUGCUACUAUAAUUUCAUAUUGACCUCUUACCAUAAUUUCUUUCCCAUCAAGCACUAAAAAUGGUCAGUCAUUAAUACUUUAUAUCUAUCAUGAUAGAUAUAACUAUAAAGAUUUUACCCUUUGAAUUCACUGUAGCAAAUAACUUUCCAAGUCAUUGACUUCAUUUUAUAUUUAAAAAGUUACAAAUAUCAUUAUUUUCAUUCUGCCAUUAUAUUCUAAUUAAAAUUGUGCAUAAUGCUUUGGAAAAAAAUGGGUCUUUUAUAGGAAAAAAAACUGGGGUAACUGAUUUCUACAGCUUUGAAAGCUAAAAUAUAUAAUAUACUAAACCAACUCUAAUAUUGCUUCUUGUGUUUUACUGUCACAGAUUAAAUUACAGCUUUUAUGAAUGAUUAAAUUUUAGUACAUUUUCA